GCCGCGCGGCCUGGGGCGCGAGGCUCAGGUAUAGCCGGUGAGGGGGGCGCGGGCCCACCCGUGCACCUGUCCUAUCACGUGAGGUCAUCUAGCCUACCAUAGCCUCGCCAUUCUCAUCUGUGCAAUGGGGAUGGUAACUCCUGUGGCUGCGGGGGGGGGGGGGGGGGCGGGGGGGGGCGCUUAAUCGAGAAGAGGAGGCGGAGCUGGUGGAAUCUCGGAAGGAGCCCGAGUGGAUGGCGAUGGUAGGAAAAGCCGACAUAAUGAGGUUGAGACUGUUGGGAGUUUUUGGCGGGUGAGAAGGGGAACACGCGUUAGGUCAGAGAGGGGGACUCCAGGGCUGGGGAGUGCGUGCUGGGAGUGCCGAUGAAGCAGGCUUGGGUUGGGUUGGGUGGAAUAGUCCCAAAAGCACUUGGGAAGAAGGAGCGGAGAGAAAAAUGAAAAGGACGCCUCCCAGCCCUGGAAAGCCCAGUGUCGACUGAGCUGAUCGAAUUGGGGAAAGGGGUUGCCCGAGUGCGCCAACACCUGUGAAUGCACACAAUGCCUUCCUUUUCUUGUGACUAGAAAUAAAGAGCCCAGCCCUCGAACUCAGUGCGUCACACACAUGAUCUCAUUCAACCCCCACACCCUGUAAAGGCGUCACCAUAUCUCUUUACACGUGAGGAACCUGAGGCUCAGAGAAGUGAAGUGACUUGCCCCAAACCACCCAGGACUCCUUACUUCAGAGAACAGGCAGAGGUUUAGUCUGGAGUCGGUGGUAGGGAAGGAAAAAAAGUUGUGAUGCCUUGCCUUUUGCAGGUUGUGUGACAGGACCUGCUUCCUCAACCCUUCUGAAAGCCAGCCAGCCUGUAAGGCAGCCCUCCUAUGGCUAUUGUGAGGAUGAAAUGGGGAGAUGGAUUUAAAAGCCCUUUGUUUACAAACUCAUUGUUAGGAGCAGGAAAACCUAACAUAAGGGAAAGUGUUUGGAAUGGGGCGCUUGUGCCAAAAGAAAAUCACAAGGUGAAGCCUGAGAAUGUGCUGAGAGAAUGAAGGAAAAUUUUGGAACAGGAUGGGGGAUGGUAAUUGUUGUUGGGAUCCUGGAACAGGACUACUUCCCAGCACCCCAGCCUCCUGCCAUGUCCGACCCCAUCACACUAAAUGUUGGGGGGAAGCUCUACACGACCUCAUUAGCAACUUUGACCAGCUUCCCCGACUCCAUGCUAGGUGCCAUGUUCAGUGGGAAGAUGCCCACCAAGAGGGACAGCCAGGGCAACUGCUUCAUUGACCGGGAUGGCAAAGUGUUCCGCUACAUCCUCAAUUUUCUACGGACCUCUCACCUGGACUUACCUGAGGACUUCCAGGAGAUGGGCCUGCUCCGCAGGGAGGCUGACUUCUACCAGGUGCAGCCCCUGAUCGAGGCACUGCAGGAGAAGGAGGUGGAGCUCUCUAAGGCGGAGAAGAAUGCCAUGCUCAACAUCACGCUGAACCAGCGUGUGCAGACGGUCCACUUCACCGUGCGUGAGGCACCCCAGAUCUACAGCCUCUCCUCCUCCAGCAUGGAGGUCUUCAACGCCAACAUCUUCAGCACCUCCUGCCUCUUCCUCAAGCUCCUUGGCUCCAAGCUCUUCUACUGCUCCAAUGGCAACCUCUCCUCCAUCACCAGCCACUUGCAGGACCCCAACCACCUGACUCUGGACUGGGUAGCCAAUGUGGAGGGCCUCCCAGAGGAGGAGUACACCAAGCAGAACCUCAAGAGACUCUGGGUGGUACCAGCCAACAAGCAGAUCAACAGCUUCCAGGUCUUCGUGGAGGAGGUGCUGAAAAUUGCUCUAAGUGAUGGCUUCUGCAUCGAUUCUUCUCACCCACAUGCUCUGGAUUUCAUGAACAAUAAAAUUAUUCGAUUAAUACGAUACAGGUAAAAGGACCUCAAGCCACAUUGGAGGGAGGCUCCCAAGAAGCUCCACACCAGCCAAGAUCUUAGAGAGUGUCUCAGCAGUGGUGUGAGGCAGGGCACUCGACUAAUCUUGUGUUAAUCGCGUAGCAGGACUUGAUUACCCCCAUGAUGCAGUCCACCUGUAGGAAUCCAUGUGUCCUCAACAGAUCCUCCUUUUUUUCUUGCCAUUUUGAGCUGGAGAUGGGCAGUCUGUUACGAGAGGUGGAGAGUCUGCCCAUGCGUCCUAAAGGAGGCCACCAGGGGGCUUUCUGGCUAGACAGAGGAGCAGCACUUCUGUCACAGACUCCAGCUCUCUCUCUACCACUGGGCAGCGCCUCACCUACCCAUCUGAAUGAGAGCCCCUGAUGGAGGGGAUGAGGUGAGAACAAGAUGCUCCCUCCAGUUUCCCAGGAUGGACAGUACCCAUGCUCCUCAUCACCCCUGCUCCUCUGUCCGGAGGAUGCAGCCAAGACCUUGGACUUGUUUGCCCAAGGGCAGCCGUGUUUGACUGCCUUCGAAAAACAUUAUGUUCUCAAAGCUGUCUCGGCCCCUGCUGGGGGAGCCAAGCUGUGGCAUGGUCUACAGGAGUAAGUGUCCAAGCAGGGGUCAGAAGAUGGGGAUGUCCCUUUUGACUGGGUCAACUCUAAGCAUUUGGGGAUUUUUGGCUUCAGAAAUGGGCUGCUGUCCCUGUGAAAGCUUGAAAAUCUGGAGUCAGUGCAAUGAAAGGCACCUCAUACUGGGCCUGACUUUUAUAAUCCUUUCCCCAAGAAUUAAGGUACCAUUGAAACAAGUCAUUUUAAACAAAUAUAUUAUGGACUCUCCGGGUUGAAAAGUAAUUCAACAGCUGCUUAGUCCUCCCUCAUCCCAGCACACCCCAGCACACUUGGGGAUGAGUUUCUCUCCCCAGCACCUCCAGGCUGUCACCUCUCUCUGCUUGGCAUACCUCCGGUGAUGGGAAGGGCAUCAGCCCUGAAGCAGCCCUUGCCAUGGUUGGCUGGUACUGGCUGUUAGAAAGUUCUUAUAGCAAGCCAAACUCUGUAUUUCACCCAAACGUGUAUUUCUCUUUCAAAAUAAUCACCUUGAGAGACACUUGUUCUGAAAAUACUACUAGGAUUCCCCUUAGGGCUCUGUCUUCAGAACCAGGGUGGGCCCUCUUCUAUCCCCUGUAAGUCAGCUCUAUUCUGUUAGGACUUUGCCUCCCCUGUGACCCCCAUCUACCCACCUUUCUCACCAGCCACAACUCCAGAUACCCUGAGCCCAUCUUCUGUUGGAGGAUGGAGAUGUCCUGCCCCGAGGAAGUGCUGCCAGCCCAGGGCCUCGGGAAGCAGUGUGCAGCUAGGAGCCUGUGUGGUCUGAGCCAUAACGCUGCCCUUGGACUGAGUGUCCAGCCCCUGAGACACUGUUCUGAAUGCGGUGGCCUUCUCCCAUAGUACUGUUCCUGGUCAUAACCAAACCAUGGACCUCCUUCGCGUGAGAUCUAGGGCAAGACACCCCAAGCCACUGCUCCCCAGGGGGUGAUGAGCAGUGCAGGCUUCCAAACUGCACAUUAUGAUUCAUCCCUAGAGUGAGUAUGGCCUUGGGAGUCCCAUAGUCCUUCCCACCGGGUAGGAGCCCUCAGACAAAGGCAGGAAAGCCUGCUGGCACAGGUGCCCAAGAGGGACAGGCUGAGGAAGGGUCUUCCCAGAGCUCUGCUCUGUGAGCGGGGAGCUGGUACACUGGGCUGUGGGCAAGGCCGCAUCCCUUGGAAUACAGGCCUUUUCCUCCUACAGUGGGACCCAAGAGUGACAGCUGCCCCAGGCCACCAGGCCAGUGGUACUCAAAUAGAAGCUAUGACCACAACAAAACAGUUUAAGGAAGAAUCUCAUAAAUUACCACUGCCCUUUUCUCCUCUCCUCAACAAUUCUUUUUCUCCCAUCCUUUUGGUGCUUCUUAAUUCAAGCAGCUUGACUUUAGAGAAAGUACAGAACCUGUGAAGCUACUAAUGUGCUGUGUGACUUUAUGCAAGUCACUCACUUCACUGAGCCACUUCUGUUUCUUCAUCUGUGAAACGUGCAUAACAGUAAUACAUAACCCUACCUACCUCACAGGGCUGUUGUGAGGAUCAAAUGAAAUAAUGUAUGUGACAAUACCAUGUAAAUGACGAAUAGUUGUUA